AUGAAAGUGAAUAAGGAGGAAGAAGAACGACCGAACAAAGAUGUCGCUCCACCGAUAUCGUGCUCGGAUGAUGAAGGCAACACUUUACUUUUUGAGCAAGGGCUCGCUUCUGAAGAUGAGACAGUGAGUGGUUCUGAAGAGUCAUGUGAAGGAGAAAGUGACUCAGAUGGUUGCGAUGAAGAGGAAGAGCAGUUGAGGCGAUUUGCUGAAGCGUAUAGAAAGAACCCAUGUCGAAAAAAGGAGCAGCUAAGAAGGGGAAAGGUCGCGGCCGCAGAUGAGGAUCUCGAUGCGAUCUUGGCUGAGCUUGCCGUUGAGGACAAAGCACGGGCAGAGAAAGCAGGAACAAAGAAGGGCAAAGGAGGCAAGAAAGCUAAGGGUGCUGCUGUCAUGAAUGGUGGAGGAGACACAGUACUCAAUGGUGUGGAAGAAGCUCCAGUAGUUGACUGGCACAAAGAAAUAACGGCUAUGAAACCUAUCGAUGAGCAGUUUCCUGAUGGAAAGUAUCCUGUGGGACAAUGCGAAACGUACUAUCUUCCAGGUAAGGAUGGGAGGAUAGCUUCAGAUCGAGAAAGCAAUCAGGAGAAGAAAGCUCUGGAUGGAUCUUUUGAAGAAAUGUAUCAGGAUUACCGGCGGUCGGCUGAAGCUCAUCGACAGGUUCGGAGCUAUGUGAAAUCCUGGGUAAAACCUGGAAUGACGAUGAUUGAAAUUUGUGAGCGUUUGGAGGCCUGCUCGCGCCACUUGAUAAAGGAAAAUGGGCUUGAAGCUGGUCUCGCUUUCCCUACUGGCUGUUCGCUGAAUCACGUUGCGGCUCACUAUACCCCAAAUAAUGGAGAUACAACUGUUUU